GGGCCCGCCCCAGGAAAGCCCCGCACCCGCCGCCAUCCCGGCCACCAGCAGGUGCCACUUCCCGCUCGGGCGCCGGCCGGGGAAUGGACCGGAGCGCGCAGGCCUCUUGUCAUGGGACUGGCUGCAUCCUGUCUGCCGAUCCAGCCACUUCGCGCUGGUUUGUGGUCAGGAGUGAGGAGAGGGGCAAGGGGCCCGCACACCCUCUGGGCUCAGGAAGAGCCUCCUCGGUCACUUCCGGACGGUGCUGGCCGCUGGCAUUUCAGGACCCGCCACGCACCUGCCCCAGAGAAAUGUGAGUGCCUUAGGACCUCCCGAUGGGGUGGCUUGGCUCUGGGCUCACGUUCCCUGUGAGCUGCCUGAUCCUGGUGUGGGCGGCAGGCUCUGGGAGUGUUCAGGUCCGGGGUCGGCCCACCUGCUUCUCCGACUACCUCAGCACCUCCACCUGUGAGUGGAGGAUGGGCGGCCCCACCGACUGCAGUGCCGAGCUCCGCCUCACCUACCAGCUGGAUUUUCUGAACUCUGAAAACCACACGUGUGUCCCUGUGAAUGGAGAGGGCGCCGUGUGCCGGUGCGACAUGCUGGUGGACAGCAUAGUCAGCGGGGACACCUACCAGCUGGACCUGUGGGCUGGGGAGCAGUGGCUGUGGAGUGACUCCUUCCGGCCCAGCGAGCAUGUGAAACCCAGGGCCCCCGGAAACCUCACGGUUAACGUCACCGACUCCCACACGUGGCAACUGACCUGGAGCGACCCGUACCCACCUGAGAGUCUCCUGCACUCUGAACUCUUCUACCUGGUCAACAUUUCCAAUGAAGACGACCCCACGGAGGUCCUCGUCAGCAAUGUGACCUACAUGGAGCACACCCUCCGCCUCCCAGCCAGCACCCUGAGGCCCGGGGCCCGCUACAGCGCGCGGGUGCGGGCCUGGGCUCCGGACUACAACAGCCUGUGGAGCGAGUGGAGCCCCCGCGUCCAGUGGCUUCACGACUACGAGUUGCCCUGGGAGCAGCACCUCCCACUUGCCGUCGGCAUCUCCUGCAUCGUCAUCAUGGUCGUCUGCCUGUCCUGCUACUUCAGCAUCCUCAAGAUUAAGAAGGAAUGGUGGGACCAAAUCCCCAGCCCGGCCCACAGCUCCCUCGUGGCUGUUGUCAUCCACAAGCCUCAGGUGCCACCACGGGGGAAGAGGUCCGGGGGCCAGGAACCAGACAAGUGCCCAUACUGGAAGACGUGUCUGACGAAGCUCCUGCCCUGCUUACUGGAGCCUGGCGUGGAAAGGGGUGACGGUUCCUCCCAGGCGGCCAGGAGCAGGCCUGUCCAGGGCCCUGGGAAACCAGCCUGGCACCCUGUGGAGGUCAGCAGCACGGUCCUCUGGCCGGAGAGCAUCAGUGUGGUGAAGUGCGUGGAGCUGCUCGAGGCCCCGGUGCAGAGUGAGGAGGAGGAGCCGGUGGAGGAAGAUGGAGGGAGCUUCUGCCCCUUGCCUGAGAGCAGCGGCGGCAGCUUCCAGGAGGGCAGGGCGGGCAUCGCGGCCCGGCUGACGGAGAGCCUGCUCCUGGACCUCCUCGGGGGCAUGGAGGAGGGCUUUUGCCCGCCAGGCGUGGGGGAGCCCUGCCUUCUUCCUCCUUCAGCAGGUGUGGGUGCUCAGGUGCCUUGGGCUGAGUUCCCAGGUGAGGCGCCUCAGGAGGCCUCACUUCGGGGCAGGGGGCAGCCUUCUGACCCAGAGCCGCCCCCAGCCACUCGGACGCAGAGCCCGGCCUGCCCGGCUGUCGCAGAGCUGCCCGCAGCCACCAUCACCGACAACCCUGCGUACCGCAGCUUCAGCAGCUUGCUGCGCCCGCCCUCGGGUCCAGGAGAGCUGGACUCAGACCCGCAGCUGGCCGAACGCCGGGAGGACGGGGACCCCAACGUCCUCUCUGCUCCCCGGGGCUCUGAGCCACCCGCUGCGCUCCAGCCUGAGCCAGAAACCUGGGAGCAGGGCCUCCGGUGGAGUGUCCUCCAGCACAGGGCGGCCUCCCCCGCCUCAGCCCCCGGGGGCUACCGGCAGUUCGCGCAGGCGGUGAGGCAGGGCUGCGCCCAGGGCGGCGAGGCGGGCGGCCCUCCCGGAGAAGCCGGGUACAAGGCCCUCUCCAGCCUGCUGGCCAGCGGUGCCGUGUGCCCAGCGCCACCUGGGGUGGAGGCCAGCGGCGGGGAGGGGGGCUACAGGCCCUUCCAGGGCCUCACUCCUGGCAGCCCUGGGGUGCCUCCCCCUGUCCCCCUGUUCACCUUUGGGCUGGAUAUGGGGCCACCUCCCAGCCCUCAGAACUCGCUCCUCCCCAGCGGCUCCCCGGAGUGCCCGGGUCUGGAGCCAGUGGCACAGGGAAAGGACAGCCAGAAGCACCUGCUCGCCCUGGAGCAGGCCACGGCCCCCCUCGGGGACGACCUGGGCAGCGGCAUCGUCUACUCGGCCCUCACCUGCCACCUGUGUGGCCACCUGAAGCAAUGUCACGGCCAGGAGGAGCGAGGCAAGGCCCACGGCGUGGCCGCCCGCUGCUGUGGCUGCCGCUGUGGAGGCAGCUCCGAGCCCCUGGGGAGCCCCCUGCCAGGCGGGGUUCUGCUGGAGGCCAGCCUCCCUCCGGCCUCCCUGGCACCCUUGGGUGUCUCGGAGAAGGGCAAGGCCCCCCUGUUCUUCCAGCCGGACCCCAGCCAUGCUCAGAGCUCAAGCCAGGCCCCCCAAAUGGUGGCCAUGCUCUCCACGGGGCCCACAGGCAUGAGUGCGUCCUAGGUAUGCGCCCCGUUGCUGUGUGUGCCUCGGCCCUGCCUGUGAAACCCCCCAACCCCCCGGAGGGCAGCCAGGCUGGCGUGGCCAAGACUCAGAGAAGCCGUGAGAAGUGAGGCUGUCGGGCCCCGGGCCACAGAGGCUGGACCCUGUCCUCAACACUGACAGCGCUCAGUGUGUGCCGCGGCCGGAGGCGCGGGAGCGGGGCCCACAGAGACACCUGCAGGGCCCCGGAGCCUCCGGCACCUGGGCUUGUGAGCGAGCUGUUGGCCUCUUGAUCGGUCCACGCUUCCCCGCGCACUGCCCCUGUCACGCCGCCCAAAGCCUGCUUGUCCACCUGGUCACUCGGUUGCCCACGUCUUGCCCGGCCCCGGGACUAGCUGCUGCCAUGUCACUGGACUGGACGCCGAGCCUGGAAACUAACGAAGCAGCAGGGACGCAUUGGGAGUUUUGGGGGACGGAGGGGAAAGCCCGGUCCCGGAGGCGUGGUCAUCAGCCCAGAGGUGCUGUCCAUUCAACAGCCCCAUUAGGCGGACAGGAGCAGGAUCUGUGCUGUGGAGGGCGCUUAGUCAAGCGGGGGUGCCAGCAGCACACGAAAAACGGUGAUUCCCACACACUGACAGUUUGCUGGGGGCCCUGGUAGGCGUGGGGUCCCCAGAAUAAACACACCCAGCUACCUUGGGCCGGUCUGUGCCUCGCAGACACCGUGGCUGGCAGCCACAGAGACCAGAGGGAGAGCUUCGCCCUGAGAUCCGGCUGAGCCAGGUGUUCCAGACACCGACACCAAGCACCUUUCGCCUGCACACUGGCCCGGACCGCAUGCUGAGUAAUGUGUGUGUGUGCGUCCCAAAGAUUGUUUAAACCUAAUAUUUGUAUUUGCUGAGGAGGCUGGAACAGGAGGGGGUGGAGUUUCAUAUAAGUAAAGGUUCUUUAGCUCUUUAGCUCUUUUUUUUUUUUACUUUUGAAUGGCAGCAGGCCCAUAGCUGACCCCAGGCAUGUCUCACCCAGGCUCUCUAGGUCAGUGAUGGCGAACCUCUGACACGCGAACUCAUUUUUUUGGUUGAUUUUUCUUUGUUAAAUGGCAUUUAAAUAUAUAAAAUAAAUAUCAAAAAUAUAAGUCUUUGUUUUACUAUGGUUGCAAAUAUCAAAAAAUUUCUAUAUGUGACACAGCACCAGAGUUAAGUUAGGGUUUUUCAAAAUGCUGACACGCCGGGCUCAAAAGGUUCACCAUCACUGGUCUAGGUGACUGUUCUGGACAUCCAGCAGGUGGUGUGAUGGACGGGGCCUCAGGCGGGCAGGCAGGGGAUUGUAAGCUCCUAGGUCUGUGUUACUCUGUGUCUCUUUCAAAAUGAGAGGCUUGGCUGUUGGAGGUUCCUUCCUGCUCUGGCAUUCUACACAGUGCACUAGAGGUGACGGGGAGCUCACUACCUUACAUGCCGCCUGAUGUUCGUCAAAGUGUCUCCUUGGUUUUUUUUGUUUGUUUUUUUUUUAAGUGUCUUCUUUGUACUGAGCCCAAAACUAUUGCUCUAGCUGCCAGAGUCACCCCACCCUCCACCCCCAGACACCCAGUUUAAAAGUGGGGACACAGCUUCAGGGAGGAAAAGGGACUUGCUAAGGUCAGCAGUGAAUGGCAGAGCCUGAACUAGCCCUCUGGACUUUGCCUUCAGGAGCCUUCAUAACAAAAUAUAAGAAUUAAAGAUAGCUAUUUAGUGCCAAGCAACAUGCCAAGUGCUGUAUAUCCACUGUGUUAGCCCUAGUAGGCAGGUCCAGUCAUCCCAGUUUUACAGUUGGGAAGCAGGCCCACAGCGAGGUAGUCCUGGAGCCAGGCCUGGCUGCAGAGCUCCAGCCCCAGGGGAUGCCAUCUCAUGUGCAGCAUGGCACCUAUUCAACUGUCAGCUCUAAUCCACUUUGAGCAUCGUCUCAGAAAACCCAAUUUAAACAUUAAGCAGCAGAGGAAAUACAUUUGUGUGAGUGGUGGAGGGGCAGUUGGGUUGAAGUGCAACAGAAUGGAGGCAGGAGUCACUGUUCUCUCCUCGGGAUCUUGUAAGCAAGAGACCCAGGUUGUCAGCUGGGGCUGAUGUGACAGAAAUAACAGCUGGGGGGGGGGGGGGGUCUGGGAUGGAGAAUUAGAUAGAGACACCUCCCGUCUCUUCCCUGCAUGUAAACCCAUCCUCCCAGGCUCAGGGAAGCUGGAGAAAGGCCACUGUCCUUGCUUCCCCAACCCCCUUCUCCAGCUUAACCCGGGACAGAGGAAGCAGAGCAGAAAAGCAGGCAGCAGGAAAGCCCACACCCCGCCCGUAUUAACUGAGCACCUACUAUGCCAGGUACUGUGCUGGGUGCUGAGGAAACAAUGAGAUGAGGUUGUUUACCUCCUGGAUCUUACAGUUAGUGGGGGAAAGACAGACAUGAAACAAAAGGAAAAAUUGCCAACACUGAUGGGUGCUGUGCACCUGAGAAAGACACCUACUAAGAAGGGCUCCUAGUGGCUAACUGGACUCAAAUUAAAAAAAAAAAUAACAGAACCUAGCAGCAGUUUCUUCACAGGGAGCUCUCAUGUAAACUUCAAGGAGAAGCCUGCAUUGGACUGCCUGCCUGCCUGCCUGCCUGCACUGUGCUGCUGCCAUGUGAGCCCUGGAAUCCCAUUUCAACCAAUAGGACUGAGCUUUUCCCCACCCAAUUGGAGCUGGGCAGCUCCACACAGCUCUAUCCUGACCAAUCAGGACAGUGCCUUUUUUGGGCCAAUCAAACUUUGAGUCCUCAUUUGCAUGAGAACAGACCAAUCAGGGACUAAGGGCAGAAACUUCCGUCCAUAUAAAGCCAGCUCUGAGAAGGCGCUCUGCCUUUCCUCUGAGGACUGAGUCUCCCUGGCUGAGCUGAGACGCUGAAGAUGCCUCACUCACUGGAGUGGAGAGGAGCAGACCAGCACAGGCCAGAGCAGACUGGAGCAAAGUGGAGCCGGCCAGCACCCCAGGGAGCAGAGCAUCAAGGAGCAGAGCAGAGCUGUCCAGCCGGGGAGGGGCCUGGCUCCGGGGCUGCCUCACAGUUAUGCUGUUUCCACAGCCGUGCUGUAUCAUAACUGAGCGGUGUGCACUGAAUAAAGUCUCCUUCUUCACCACACCCGA